AUGGAGUUCAUCAAGCAAAUCGCCCAGCGCCUGAAUCCCGACUUACACAUCCCCGGCACCGACAAUCCACCACCAGCCGUGCUGCGCAAGUCAAAGAGCUCAACCACACUACUAGUAACAGAGAAACGGAAAGAACUCUCCACGCCACCAUCGCACUCCUCCCUGCGCAAGAAAGCAAGUUCCAUGUUCCUGGGCCGCGGUUCGAACAUCCAAGAUUUCGCAAACUGGGGAGAUACACCAAUCCAAAAACUCCCAGAGGACAACACAGCCCUCCACGCAAACCUCACGGCAACCUUCGACGCGCACGUCGACUAG